AUGAAUACUAUCGUGACUGUAUCACCACAUUACCAAUUUCGUCCUGCGGAUGGAUUUUCAGAUGCUUCGAAGACGUGCAACAUAACUGGCCUGUGGUGCCUCCAUCUGCACGCCAGCCAGCUGACAACCCUGAAGCCCCACUGGGAGGAGAACCGGGCUGGUCUGGUCUGCGAGUGCCUGCCCUCGUGCGAUGAGACCGAGAUUACUGUCAUCAAGGACGUCGUCACACCAGCUUCGUAA